AUGCAGCGCAUGCUGCGUGAUGCAAUAGUGAUGAGGGCUAAAGACCCGAAAGUACAAGAAAAAUGUUUAGAGGAAGGGGAUGACCUCACCCUAGACAAAGCAAUAAAAAUAGGGCAGAAUGUAGAGAUAUCUAAGAAAAGCUUGAGCGCCAUAAGCGCACAAACAGCAAUUGAUGUACAAGUAGUGAAGAAAAAAACACCGCCUCGGCAAAAAUCACAAAUAACCUGUAAGCGAUGCGGUAAACUACAUGCCAUGCGGGCAUGUCCUGCAUGGGGGACAACUUGCUUCCGGUGUAAAGGGAAAAACCACUGGGCAAAGUUUUGUCGAAGUAAAUCAACAGUAGAUGAGAUCGUUGAAGCAGACACUAAUACCGAUGAUGAAUAUUUUGUAGAUGUUGUGGGUCUCCAGAAACAAGAAACAAACAACUGGAUGCUCAACCUUCAGGUACAAAAUAGAACUGUUAGGUUCAAGGCAGAAAUUACUGCACAGUUUUCAGGAGCAAAAAUAUUUAGUAAACUUGACGCAUCAAGUGGAUUUUGGCAAAUCCAACUGGAUGAAGAUAGCUCCAAGUUAUGUACUUUCAUCACUCCAUUUGGUAGGUACAGAUUCUUGCGCCUACUUUUUGGAAUCAGCAGUGCUCCAGAGGUAUAUCACAAAUUGGUUCAUAAUCUGUUUGCAGAGAUUCCUGGUGUAAACACUAUGAUGGACGACAUUAUAGUAUAG